AUGGCUCCUCCAAGCAAGAACGCUGCUGCGGCAAAGGACCGGCGUAAGUCGAGCAACACGGCUGCCCCGUCCAUCUCCAGUACCGACUCCUCCCCCAAGCCGACCAACAUCGUCACCCUCAAGGUGCAGCCCCUAAAGCUGCAGGCCAUCGUCGACCCGGAUUCCAUUAAGGAAGACACCUCGGCCAAGCAAUCGCCUGCACCCGCUGCUUUGCCCACGGCGCCGGCAUCCACCACAGAGAACGCAUCGGACUCGACUCCCAAUUCGCCCCCGGCCGCUGGUACACCAGCGGCGCAGUCAACAAUGGGCCCUCCGACUGAAGGCCCUAAGAAGAGGGGAGUCAAGAGGAGCGCGAAUACUGCCGCGAAUGGCAACGGCGAACCGAAGGUUCGAGGCAAGCCAGGGCCGAAGAAGAAGCAGAGGCUUGAGGAUGGAACUAUCGAAGGUGGCCGAGGCUCCCUUGCCGCCCACAAACUCGGACCUCGGGCCAACCAAGGUGCCAUCAAUGCCGGCCUUCGUGCGUUGGAUCGUUCCGGCAAGCCAUGCCGCAAGUGGAACAGGGGCGGCUUCACUCUCAAGACCUUUACGGGCGUAACAUGGGAGAUCCCCCGUUGGACCGCGCCGCCGAAGCCCCGGCCUGAGGAAUCGGCCGACGGGUCGACCCCGGCGUCGGAAGGCAGCAACAAGGAGAACAAGGACGUCAACAGCCAGAUCAAAAGCGAAGCGAGCAACAACGGGGGGGAUAUCGAGAUGCGAGGUACCCCAAGCUUUGCCGCUGACAAUUCGCCGGCGCCGGCCCCGAUCGCCGCUGCUUGA